AUGAAGUUUACAUUCGCUUUUACGACCGCUGCUUUUGCUGCUUCAACCCAGGCUGCUGCCAUUUACACUCCUAGUGCUGCUGACACAUCGAUCUCUGCUAGAGACUCUGACAAUUUAGUCUCUGGAAUCCCAUUGAGCACCAUUCUUGAAGUUGAAGCUGGCCUAGUAAAAGGUACCCUCUCCUCCAAGGGGUCUGCUUAUGUACAACUUUUAAAUGUAUUGGGCAUCAAUGCUACUUAUGCUGCUACAUUGGGUUUCCAUGAAGGCGAAUCUACAGCUGACGUGUUCAAGACUCUUGCCAACUUGAUUAGUGUUCAAGUUCUGGUUGGUCCAUCUGAAAAGAGAGAUUUGCCAACCGUUCCAACUCCGUCCAUUCCUGUUGAUGCUUUGAAGCAAGCUAUCCAAGACCUUUUGAGCGGAAAGAUUGGCAGCUCAGCUGAAGACUUUGCUAAGUUGUUGACCAUCUUGGGCAUUGACGCUGCUACUGCUGCUACUUAUAAAUUGAACCAAGGAGAGAGUGUUUUGCAAUACAUUGCACAACUUGGACAACUUCUUGCCUCUAAAGUUUUGGGAGGAGUUCUGAAGAGAGAUUUGCCAACCGUUCCAACUCCGUCCAUUCCUGUUGAUGCUUUGAAGCAAGCUAUCCAAGACCUUUUGAGCGGAAAGAUUGGCAGCUCAGCUGAAGACUUUGCUAAGUUGUUGACCAUCUUGGGCAUUGACGCUGCUACUGCUGCUACUUAUAAAUUGAACCAAGGAGAGAGUGUUUUGCAAUACAUUGCACAACUUGGACAACUUCUUGCCUCUGAAGUUUUGGGAGGUGUCGAAGGUCUUUUGUAG